GCUGGCUCCAGCCUUCCGUCAUCGGGGGCCACGAGGCCGAGCCUCACUCCAGGCCCUACAUGGUGUCCAUCCAGCUGCAGGAGGUUCACGCCUGCGGGGGAGCGCUGGUGCACAAGCAGUGGGUGCUGACGGCUGCCCACUGCCUCUCCCAGACGAUGGUGGCCCAAGGGAAGGUGGUGGUGGGGCUCCACAGCCUCAAAGAGCGCCGGGCCUCCGGGCAGAGCUUCGCCAUCCGCAAGGCCUGUCCUCACCCCGGCUACAGCCCCAUGACGAUGGAGAAUGACAUUCUCCUGCUCCAGCUGCAGGGGAAGGUGCGGCUGGGCAGGACGCGGCGGCUCAUCGGGCUGCUGCGGCGGGAGCCGGCGGCCGGGGCGGCGUGCAGCGUGGCCGGCUGGGGCAGCAGCCGGGCCGGUGGCCGCCCCGCGCCCCGGCUGCGGCAGCUGCAGGUCACCGUGCUGGACGCGCGGAUGUGCAACAACAGCCGCUUCUGGAACGGCGAGAUCGGCCCCACCAUGAUCUGCUUCCAGGGCUGCCAGAAGGGCUCGGCACCCAGCAAGGGCGACUCCGGGGGCCCCUUGGUGUGUGGGAAGAAGGCGGCCGUGGCCGGCGUGAUCUCCUUCACCAGCCGCAACCUCACGGACCCCUUCAAGCCGCCGGUGGCCACGUCGGCGGUGAAGCACCGCAAGUGGAUCCGGAAAACCCUGCGCGCCGGCUGCACCCCCCGCCCGGGCGUGCGGGACGCACAGACCACCCCCUCCUACUUACACCGGUUUGCUUUUAAUUUUUAA